CCUGUAAUGGAGUCCCGGCGGUGGCUACCUGCUACGUCCUCGGCCUCCCUAUCCCAACUGUUGAUGCUGAUGCUUGUGAUGAUGGUUGGCGUGCCACUGCAGUGCCAGGCCCCAACCAGAGCCAAAUGAGCAGCAGCCCAGUGAUUGUGAUGCGUGGCGCUGAUGGACGAUCUCUGUCCUUGCCUCUCUCAUCACACUGGGCUCACAAGUAAUGUUUUCCUUGCACCGUGGAAGCAAGAGGUUUCUGCCCGUUUAUUCCCUCCAUCUCCACCUAUCCUGAGUCUUGGCGGCUGCAUGCAUUGUAUGCGCUGAUCAGAUGUGCCUGAGCAUAUGCUCAGGUGGUAUUUCGCUCGUCUAUCGGCUCAGUUUGAGUUUGUUUUCCUCUUUCAAAAGGUAAUAAUUCAAAAUUGUGUUUGACAUGGCCGAUGUGAAUGGACUCCAUGGUAGUGCCCGGGAGGAUCGUCAAGAUCACAAUACUUACGCCGCAAUUCCAUUGAGUGUGAAGAACGUACAGCAGCUGCUGAAUUUGGAGCCUCUUUUCAGUCAAGUCGAUAAGCUUCUAGACCAGUCCAUUGCCCCUUUCGACAGUGACGAUGAAGCAUGGAAUGAUGGAGAGUCAGGCGAGCGAAAGCCCGGCAGCAAGAGUGCCACUGCUGUCAGCAACAGUGGUGGAACGGCUGCUAGCUCACAGUCCCGGCAUUCGUCCAAGAAGAAGAGGCCGAAGAGAGUAAGAGAUAGCUGUGUGGAGUACAAUUUUAGCCAGCUGGGACGCAAGCGACAAUGGCUGGAGGACAUGCUUCUGAGCGACUCAUCAGGCUCGUCGGAAGACGAAAUCUUGGAAGAUGAUUGCCAGAGCUUGCUUCAGCUGCACAAGUUACGUCGCUAUCGCCAGGGCCUGUUUCAUGAGAACAGUCACCUGCGACAGUACCAAUUCUACUCUGCUGGUGUACUCUGUGAUCAUGAUCCAUUUGUAUCACUCAACAAGUCUACAGCCAAACCCAAGGCAAGCAGCAAGGAGUCGAAAGCAGCAAUGAAAGCCAAGAUCAAGAAGAUGAAACUGCUGAAGAAGCAGAAGAAACAAGCUGCGUUGCUGGCAGCCAAGAUGAAGAAAAAGAGUCUGGAUGAGCGUAAGAAGAAGAGGAGCAAACAGAAGGAGCUUGACAUGAAGCGGCAACGCGUUUGGAGUAUUGUUGCCAAGAAGGACGUUCCCAGGAUGCAACGCCAGUUCAGCACAGCGUUCAACACUAUACAGGGCAACUGCAGAAAGAUUGCACAGCUAUGUCAAAAGGAGGUACGCAAGGAGUGGCAGGUCUCGCAGAAAGCAAGCAAGGAGACGAUACCGCGCGCUCGUCGCCUUACCAAAGAAAUGCUGAUCUUUUGGAAGCGGUUUGACAAGGUGGAGCGGGAGCACAGGCGUCGUGCUGAGAAGGAAGCCAUGGAACAGCGGAAACAGGACGAAGAGCUCCGUGAAGCGAAGAGACAGCAACGGAAGCUUAAUUUCUUGAUCACCCAAACAGAGCUGUAUGCUCAUUUCAUCGGCAAGAAGCUUAGUAAAGACAAGGACGAGGAGGAUGGCGAGGGAGGCGACGCUUCUGGUGACGCUAUUUUGGAGAAGCUUGAUGAUGGUCCAUUGCAACGACGUGCAGCGGACGGUACAUUGGUGACGCUGGAAACAGCAGAAGAUUAUGAUGCUGAGGCAAUGAAAGCACAGGCGUUGGCCAAUGUCCAGCAUGCGCUCAACACCCACGAAGCCAAGACUAAAGCCUACUCGGGUGCAGUUGAUGGCAGUUCCACCGAGCUCCAGGACACUUUUGACAUGAACUACAGCUUGGCAAACCCGUCACUUGGUGACGAUCUCAAACCUCAGCCAAAGAUGUUUAGAGGCAAGCUCAAGGUCUAUCAGCUGAAGGGUAUGAAUUGGCUGGCGAAUCUCUAUGAUCAAGGCAUCAAUGGUAUCCUGGCUGAUGAAAUGGGUCUUGGUAAAACCGUGCAAAGCAUCUCCUUGCUUGCCCAUCUUUCCGAGAAUCAGAAUACCUGGGGACCGUUCUUGGUUGUAGCACCAGCUUCAACGCUGCACAAUUGGCAACAAGAAGUUACUCGCUUUGUGCCAGAUUUCAAGGUCUUGCCAUACUGGGGAAAUCCCAAUGAGCGUAAGACAUUGCGCAAGUUUUGGACCCAGAGUCAGUUGUAUCGCAAGGACGCGCCGUUCCAUGUCCUCAUCACCAGCUAUCAACUGAUCAUAUCUGAUGUGAAGUAUUUCCAGCGUAUCAAGUGGCAGUACAUGAUCCUUGACGAGGCGCAGGCCAUCAAGAGCUCAGCCAGUGUCCGAUGGAAGAUUCUGCUUGGGUUCAACUGUCGCAAUCGCUUACUACUCACUGGUACCCCUAUUCAAAACAGCAUGGCUGAGUUGUGGGCUCUUCUUCAUUUCAUCAUGCCCACGCUAUUCGACUCGCAUGCUGAGUUUGACGAGUGGUUCUCCAAAGACAUUGAGAACUCGGUGGAGAAGAAGUCCAGCAUUGAUCAGCAUCAACUCUCACGCUUGCACAUGAUCUUGAAGCCGUUCAUGUUGCGUCGUAUCAAGAAGGACGUGGAGAAUGAGAUGGCUGAAAAGAUUGAGUUGGAGCAAUACUGCACGCUUUCACGCCGUCAGCAGUAUUUGUACCGAGGUAUCCGCCAGCUGAUUUCACUGGACGAGCUCUUACAUCACUCCACCAAUACAUCCUCAACCAGCAGUAGCCUUAUGAACCUGGUCAUGCAGUUCAGAAAGGUCUGUAACCACCCAGAGUUGUUCGAACGUCGCGAGGUUGUGUCUCCUCUUUCCACCUCUGUUGCCGACCUCAGAAUACCUAGAUUGUUGUUUGAGGAGGGCCUUCUGUCCGGUUUCUCCACAACUGAGAAAUCCAGGUGUCUUGAACGGCACAGUCUCCUGAAGCCGGAUUGUCUGCACCGGGCCACCAUGAUGGCAUCGCGUAGCCAUGGCGACAGCUCACUGGGCAAUACGCAACGUGGUUCCAAUGAGGCAUGUGACCUACUGGGUUCACUGUCUUUGCUGCGUGAAACACCAAGUGUAUGCAGUAGACUGUUGCUGGGUGAUUUCAACACAAGAAUGUUGCAGUGGGCCGAGCAGCGGAGACUGGAUUCACUUCAGUUCCACCGGCGGACAUUUGAAGUUGCCGACAGCUCUGACGAUGAGAGCAUUGCACCAUCUUCCCCUGGACGAGAGUCAUCCUGUUCUCUUCUCAAUGUGCGACCACACUUUGUGUGUUCACGAGAGGCAGUUCGCAACAGUCCGGUGCUGGGCAGUCUCGUAUUUGCCUCCUAUCCGUCGCCCAUUCUUCACCAUGCCACUGUGCACAUACGCCCCCUUCGCAGUCGAUCGUUGGUGAAAACUGACGGUCAGGCCACGCCACCGAAUGGUGAUACUCAGCAGGAUGAGGGCGUUGUCGAACGGCAAUGUGUGGCAAUGCCUGCGGCACGAUUUCUGCAUUUCAUUGCACCCAAGAUUGUGUCAACCGUUCAGCCGUACUGCUACCAUCGACAGGCGGCGUAUCGCCAGCAGGUUGUGGUGGAAGGUGGCGAGCCAGAGCGCCGCAACAUGCUCAUGCAUUACGAUGCCAGAGGGCGCGAUCCGCUUGCAGCUGCAAGCUGGUCAGGCAAUGCAGCAUUGGACAAAGGCUUACACCCUCUCAAGCCCAAGAAUGGGUGGUCACACAUUCAUAUACCGAACAAGGACCGUAUGAUCUGUGACUCUGGCAAGCUGACUGUCCUAGACAAGCUGCUGAAGCAGUUGAAGAUUGACGGUCACCGAGUGCUCAUCUACUCGCAGAUGACGAAAAUGAUAGACCUGCUGGAGGAGUUCAUCAUCUACCGCAAGUACAAGUACAUGAGAUUGGAUGGCUCGUCUAAGAUUGCUGACCGCCGUGAUAUGGUAGCUGACUUCCAGGCACGAGACGACAUUUUCGUCUUCCUGCUGAGUACACGCGCUGGCGGCCUGGGUAUUAACUUGACGGCCGCAGACACCGUCGUCUUCUACGACAGCGACUGGAACCCGACGGUUGACCAGCAAGCCAUGGACAGAGCGCAUCGUCUCGGUCAGACCAAGCAGGUCACUGUCUACCGGCUCAUCACCAAGGGCACCGUCGAGGAGCGCAUCCUGGAACGUGCAAAGGAGAAGAGUGAGAUCCAUCGUAUGGUGAUCAGCGGUGGCCAGUUCAAGCCGGAUGUUCUCAAGCCGACAGAAGUUGUUUCUCUCCUUCUGGACAACGAGGAAAUGGAGCGUAAUUUCAAAGAGAGACAAUCAUUAUCUGAUACGCCUGCUGAUGCUGGCACAGCCCCUGCUGGUCAGACGGCAAAGGGCACCAAGCGGAAAAAUUCGGAUGCAGGUGCCAGUAGUGGGAAGAAGAAGUUUGAUGCAACGCUAUCCUCUGGUGGCAAUGGUGGUGCGGGCUCCACAAGCCCAGCGCAUGCCAGUGACAGCCCAGCUCUCCCAGGGACGCCCAACAACAAAUCUUCGUCCUCACAUUACUUCCCGACAACUCCUGUUGUGACAGUGACGGAGUCAACUAACAAGAGUGUUCCCAACAGUAGCGAGGGCUCGCCGAGCACUGUUGGAAAAGGUCGUGCUCGCUUCUCCCCGGCUGCGUCUCCUGCUUCACGCGCCCCUGGCGGCAGACCCCGCGGUGGUGGCCGAGGUAGAGGAUCUCGGCGUGGCCGGACAGUACCUGUAGUCGCGUCGGGUGGAGCGGCAGCUGCUGCCGCCGGUGCUGCUGCUGGUGCUGCCGCUGCGGCUGCCUUGCUGAAUGGCAAUGACCGGUCUGGUCGCAUGCCCACCUACUCGCCGAUUAACAGUGUCCCACCCUCGACAACCAAUAGCUAUUAUACGCCGUCUGGCUCGGCUGCCAAUUCACCAUCACCUGCCGACAGUUCCAAUAGCACCUCCUAAACACGCUGUGUGAGUGUGUGUGUGAGUGUGUGUGUGUGUGUGUGUGUGUGUGUGUGUGUGUGUGUGUGUGUGUGUGUGUGUGUGCGUGCGUGUGUGUGUGUGUGCGUGUGGUGCGUACACAAUACUUUCUGGAAUAUUUUUAGAUGCCUAUCCUACUCUACCCCCCCCCCCCCCCCUGUCUCUCUCUCUCUCUCUCUCUUGUCCAUAGUACCCCCCCCCCCCCACUGUCUCUCUCUCUUGUCCAUAGUAGUGUGUCGAGUCGCUUUCUGCCGUAUCAUGUUUAUAUACCUCGUUUAUUUGCGCUGUGCUAUUCUGCUGUGCUGUGUAUAUGCCUGUGUCCAUGCUCACGGUACCGUGGCUGCUGAGUGAGAUUGUCCAGCUCAGAAUUGAAUUGCUGUUAUACUUGGAAAGUCCAGAUGUUGAUUUACCGAUGUUCAGCUUCUACUGAGAAGCUGAGAAGCAGAGAAGCAGAGAAGCAGAGUGUUGAACAACAGCUGUACUGCAUCAUCAUAUUGCAUACAAUGUAACAUCACCAGUGAUUUAUUCUUCUUUUUUUAUCAAGCUAGAGGGUUUGCUGUACUCGUUCACACGCACACAGUACUCAACAGUCUCUUGUCUUGAGCUGGAUUUUUAUUAGAUAUGUCGCUUAUGUGGCCUUGCUGGGUUUCUUCACAUCCGGUAUCCGGGGCCCCUUUCUUGUCCAAGUUUUCUGCUGACGUCUGUUGUCUUGUGAGCAGGUGUCACCGGUUCCUUGUUCACUUCACGUAAUAACGUCUGUCUCCGAUUUGGGAGUUUGUUUCAACCAGGUUUGUGUGAUUCCCUCCACGCACCCACUCUGCUACGCUCUUGUUUGUUGUUCUUAGUUCAUUGGAUGUCAUUGUUGGAGAAUGUUGUAUUUUAUGCUGUGUGCUUAGUCUGGACUUUUUUAUCAUAUUACUUUUUUUAGUUUUCUUCUCGGAGUAUGUGAAUUGUGAAUACAAAACCUUCCUCAAAA